CUAACCAGCCCGCUGGCUCAACAUUCAGCACUAGAAGUGGAGAGUGAUAUCAAUGUGUCGCGGGGUAUUCCCAGCAAAUGUGGCUGUUAUUUACUUGUCUAUAUUGAAUAAGACAAUCAAUUUGUUUCUUAUGUAUAUUAUUAUUCAUGCGCAGGGGCUGUCGGACCGAAUCAGAACUUUCAGGAGAUUUGGCGAUUAUAUAUCUCUAGGUGUAUAUGUGUUAGCCUUGGAAGACUCCGUAGCACUGCCACAAAAUGUCCAUUUGACAGCCAAAAAACCAAGACACACGCGAGGUCCAUUUGUGAUCUGUGCUCCAACCGCAGUUCGUUGCCUGAGUUACCUGGCUCCUCCGGCCCUGUUUAUCUGCCCGAGAUCUCCGCAUCCGGUCUAGUACUAUUUUGGCGCGCGGCUGGGCUCAUCUUUAAACGUAAUUGGUCCGCAUUCCCAACCUCCCGCC